GCGGUGGAGGGGGAGGGGGAGCGAACCGAAGGCUUUUAAACGGACCGAGGGCUGACAAACAAGCAUCGCGCGCUGUUUUCCCCUCCGCGAGUGCGCGCACUGUAGACCUCCCUGAGAGAGAGAGAGAGAGAGAGAGAGAGAGAGAGAGAGACAGAGAGAGACAGAGAGAGAGAAUGGGUCGCUACACGGGCAAAACCUGCCGCCUGAUCUUCAUGCUGGUGAUCACCGUGGUGUUCUUCGUGGCCGAGAUUGUGGCGGGCUACGCGGGGAACUCCAUCGCGCUGGUCUCGGACUCCUUCAACAUGCUGUCCGACAUGGUGUCGCUCUGUGUGGGGCUGCUGUCCGCCCGCCUGUCGCGCCGCAGCGGCUCGGAGCGCUGCUCCUACGGCCUGGCCAGGGUGGAGGUGGUGGGCGCGCUCUCCAACGCCGUCUUCCUGACCGCCCUCCUCUUCUCCAUCUCGGCCGAGGCCAUCAAGAGGCUCAGCCGACCAGAGCCCAUCGACGACCCUUUCCUGGUGCUGGUGGUCGGCUCGCUGGGGCUGGCGGUCAACGUGGUGGGGCUUUUCAUCUUCCAGGACUGCCGGUGGUUGUGCGGGAGAGGCCAGCGUGGAGCAGCCGAGGAGAAGAGCGAUGAGAAAGUGGUCAUGAACGGAGAAGCAGAUCUGUGUAAAUGGUUCUUAACCCCCUGAAUGCCAGCAAGUGCGCUCAGCACUGGUUUUCUGUCCAUCCACAGGCUCCCUCGCCCAACAGACUGACUCACAGCAGAAAGAUAAGAAUCAGAGCGACGGCCAGCCGCUAAACAUAAGAGGAGUUUUACUCCACGUGCUGAACGAUGCUUUGGGGUCAGUGGUUGUGGUGGUGGCCUCUGUUCUGUUUUAUGUAAGGCCCUUGCCCGACAAUGCCCCCUGUAACUGGCAGUGCUAUGUGGACCCCAGCCUGACGCUGGCGAUGGUGAUCAUCAUCCUGUCCUCGGC